AUGCCCCCUGGUCACCUCAGCAUACCCCUGCCCACCUCAGCAUACCCCUGGUCACCUCAGCAUACCCCUGCCCACCUCAGCAUGUCCCUGGCCACCUCAGCAUGCCCUGGCCACCUCAGCAUGACCCCUGGCCACACUCAGCAUUCCCCUGGCCACCUCAGCAUGCCCUGGCCACCUCAGCAUGACCCCUGGCCACCUCAGCAUGCCCCUGACCACCUCAGCAUGACCCCUGGCCACCUCAGCAAGACCCCUGGCAACCUCAGCAUACCCCUAGCCACCUCAGCAUGCCCUGGCCACCUCAGCAUGCCCUGGCCACCUCAGCAUGCCCUGGCCACCUCAGCAUGUCCCUGGCCACCUCAGCAUGCCCCUGGUCACCUCAGCAUGCCCCUGGCCACCUCAGCAUGCCCCCUGGCCACCUCAGCAUGA